AUGAUCCGAGCCGUGCUCAAGGGGCAGCUCGAGAUGCUCCCGCUGCUUACCGCUGCGGGCAGCAACGUGAACGCUACCUCUCAGAACGGCACGUCUGCCCUUCACGCGGCUGUGAUGAUGGGGUUCACUCGAUGUAUCCUCCUCCUGCUGGAGAUGGGAGCCGACCUCGAGUCCAGGACGGAGGAAGGGAUGACGGUGCUGCACGUCGGAGCGAAGCAUGGGCACGUAGAGGCGUUGAAGGCUCUCAUGCAGGCUGGUGGACAACACCUCGUCUCACAGGUGGCAGCGGACGGCAAGACCUGCCUGCACUACGCCUGUGAGCACGGGCAUGUGGACGCCGUGAAG